CUCCUUGGAGUUUCAGGAGAAGAAUAGAAAUUCCAUCGAUUCCAGGAGGUCUCCUGAAUCCCCAGGAUUUGAGGAUUCCCCAGUGGCUGGAGACUGGAAAUUUCUCAAAAAUUAUCAGCACGAGAGUCUCCUAAAAUGUCAGCCCCAGAUUCAGAAUUCAUUCUGAUCCAACGAACGCGUGACGAGGUAUUCACAUAUCACCACGAGUGGAAGAUCAAGAACUUCAGUGGACGUCCAGAGGCACCAGGUCAGUGCAUAAAAUCCUCGAUGUUCUCUCUGACACGCGACCCAGAUAAAAAAUGGUACAUCAGGCUGUACCCAAAAGGCACUCAUCAAGACGAGCCAAAUUUCAUGUCCCUCAGGGUCUGCCUCAAGGCUGAGGACCCUGUGGAGGAGGUGCCCAUGAAGGUGGAGGUGUCAGUUCUAACUGUUCACCAGGUAAAAAAAUUUCCAAUUACUUGGGUCCAUAAGUACUUGACAGGACGACCCUAUGGCCCAUCCAAAUCAUUCCACAGGAAUUGGUUGCAGAGUUCUCCUGAUGUUUAUCUUCCUGGGGAUAUCUUGACUCUUUUGUGUCAGUUUACUGUCCUGGAGCCGCCGAAUUCUGUGUAUGACAGACCAAAAUUCAAACAGGUGGAGAGACGAUUGGGCCAAGACUUGGAGAUUUUUCUCUCGGAGGGGUCCUGGUUCAGUGAUAUUUCUUUCGACUUCAGUGGUGAAAUAAUUCCUGCUCACAGGUCUAUUUUGGCUGCCAGGAGUUCUGUCUUUGCUGCGAUGUUCAAGUACUCUGGGGAUGUUGUUCCUAUCGUUGAUAUCCAGCCUGAUGUCUUCAAGGCGAUGCUGACGUAUAUUUAUACAGAUUCUGUUCCCAGGAUCAAGGACAUGGCAGGACAACUUCUGGAAGUUGCUGAGAGGUUUGGCCUUGACGGUCUGAAAGCCAUGUGUGAACCCAUCAUCUUCGAGAAAAUAACUUUUGAUAAUUGUGCUGAAGUCCUGGUGACGGCUGAUUUGGUCGGUGCCACGCAGCUCAAGACUUCAGUCAUUGAAUUCAUCACCAGAAAUCUCAAGGAUGUCGUCAAGACCCAGGGGUACCGGUGUCUGGAGCAAAUGCAUGCAGCCCUGUUGACGGAGAUUAUCCUGGAGAUGGAGCCGAAAACCAAGAAACCCAAGCAAGAGACCUAGAGUAGUCGAUUGAAGUCUCAAUUAUUUAUCAGGAUUAUUAUAAUUUUUUAUGAACUCAAAUAUCGAGAGUAUUGUUUAUUACGCCUUAAAGUUGUGAAAACAUAAAAUUAGUAAUAGUUAUUGAUACGAAUAAAGAAUUAUUAUUUCUCUCGGGGAAUAUAUUUUUUUUAAUAUUUAAAUUCUCGCGGUUUAAUAUCAGGGUUUUAUUGGACGAGCGAUUGAGCCAGUGGUUGUGUAGCAAAUAUCUGAAGGCAGAAAUUUUUAAGGAAUAAUUUAUUUGAAAAAUAUAUGCUGUGCGUAAAUAUUCGGAUAAAUACGUCCAAUUGGUCGUGUAUUGAUUUCUUAUUGAUGAGAGAAGUAAGAGUGAAGACAAGAGAACAUUGAGUAAUUUUCAAUUAAUCUUUGAGAUGAAUUAAGUGUUUGGUUUAACCUCUAACAUUUGGAAAUAAUGUUUUUCUGGAAAGGAAAGCGAGUUACAGCCAAAAAAUACGAGACGCAAUUAAUUCGUCAACAAAAUGGUUUUGCAAGACGUAAAUAUCCAGUGCCGGAUGAGAAAUCCGUGAUAAAUGAGAAACGAAAGAGCAGAGCGAAGUACAUGAGGAUGUAUAGAAAAAGAAAACGUGAGGAAAUAGAGACUAAAAAUACACCAGAGAAAUCAAAGAAUGAAAAUAAUGAGUUGUCCCCGUCCUUUUGGUUCGUCAACGUCGAUUCUGAUU